GCUCGGGCUCCGGCGCCGGCUCCUCCCGGCCGGCCGCCCGCCCGGGGCUGAGGCGACGUGAGGUUGUAAAAAUCCAUGUGGGACGGCCCCGGGGCGAGCGAGCAUCGCGGAAAGGUAUGGAGUUCCAGCUGUGAGAGACAGAGAAGCGGGAAGAAAACUCUUGAAAAUGGGCUUGGAAGCAAAUCUCUGAUUGGAGUCACGUUCUGGUACAGACUACAAAAAUGAUGCAUUGAAAAUUCUGGCUAACAGUGAAAAUAUUGACUUAAACUCCAACUCAGUAUAGCAUUUCUUCUCUUGAGUAGCAACUUAAAAUACAAGAAAAAUGUAUGGGAGUGCAAGAACAAUUACUAACCUGGAAGGUAGUCCUGCCAGGUCUCCUCGUUUGCCAAGGUCACCUCGUUUGGGUCAUCGAAGAACAAGUAGUGGGGGAGGUGGAGGAACAGGCAAGACCCUGUCAAUGGAAAACAUCCAGUCGCUUAAUGCAGCCUAUGCUACAUCUGGACCGAUGUAUCUGAGCGAUCAUGAGGGAGUGGCUUCAACAACUUACCCAAAGGGCACCAUGACUCUGGGCAGGGCUACCAAUCGAGCUGUAUAUGGAGGUCGAGUCACGGCCAUGGGGAGUAGCCCCAAUAUUGCUUCUGCGGGACUUUCCCACACUGAUGUGCUUUCGUACACAGAUCAACAUGGUGGUCUCACCAGCUCAUCCCAUCAUCACCACCACCAGGUCCCCUCUAUGUUAAGGCAGGUAAGAGAUAGCACAAUGUUAGAUCUUCAAGCCCAACUCAAGGAGCUCCAGAGAGAAAAUGACCUCCUCCGGAAAGAGCUGGACAUCAAGGACAGCAAGUUAGGAUCAUCCAUGAACAGCAUCAAGACUUUCUGGAGCCCUGAGCUGAAGAAAGAGCGAGUCUUGAGGAAAGAAGAGGCAGCUCGGAUGUCUGUCCUCAAGGAGCAGAUGAGGGUUUCCCAUGAGGAAAAUCAGCACCUGCAGUUGACAAUCCAGGCCCUUCAGGAUGAGCUGCGAACCCAGAGGGACCUCAAUCACCUCCUGCAGCAAGAGAGCGGCAACCGGGGAGCCGAGCACUUCACCAUUGAGUUAACUGAGGAGAACUUCAGGCGUCUGCAAGCAGAGCAUGACCGACAGGCGAAGGAGCUGUUCCUUUUGAGAAAGACGUUAGAGGAGAUGGAGCUUAGAAUCGAGACACAGAAACAGACUUUAAAUGCACGAGAUGAGUCUAUUAAAAAGCUCCUUGAGAUGCUGCAAAGCAAAGGUUUGCCGUCCAAAAGCCUCGAGGAUGACAAUGAGCGGACGCGGAGGAUGGCAGAGGCGGAAUCUCAGGUCAGCCACUUGGAAGUGAUUUUAGACCAGAAGGAGAAGGAGAACAUACAUCUGAGAGAGGAAUUGCAUCGAAGAAGCCAACUCCAGCCGGAGCCAGCCAAGACGAAGGCUCUCCAGACUGUCAUUGAAAUGAAGGAAGCUUCAGGUUUUAAUUUUGGUCCUGAUUUGGUCUGGCAGGACACAAAAAUCGCUUCAUUGGAGCGAAACAUAAGGGAUCUCGAAGAUGAGAUCCAGAUGUUAAAAGCCAGUGGUGUGCUGAACACUGAGGACCGUGAGGAAGAGAUCAAACAAAUAGAAGUUUACAAAAGCCACUCCAAGUUUAUGAAGACCAAGAUUGAUCAGCUGAAGCAGGAACUUUCAAAGAAGGAGUCAGAACUUCUUGCCUUACAAACAAAGCUUGAAACCCUUAGCAAUCAAAAUUCAGAUUGCAAGCAACACAUUGAAGUGCUUAAAGAGUCGCUUACUGCCAAAGAACAGAGGGCUGCCAUUCUUCAGACCGAGGUAGAUGCACUGAGAUUACGACUGGAAGAGAAAGAAUCUUUUCUCAAUAAGAAGACGAAGCAGCUGCAGGACCUCACGGAAGAGAAGGGGACUCUGGCCGGAGAGAUCCGUGACAUGAAGGACAUGUUGGAAGUGAAGGAAAGAAAAAUCAACGUGCUGCAGAAGAAGAUUGAGAACUUGCAAGAACAACUUAGGGAUAAAGACAAGCAACUGACCAACCUGAAAGACAGAGUGAAGUCCUUGCAGACGGAUUCCAGCAACACGGACACUGCGCUGGCCACGCUAGAGGAGGCCCUGUCAGAGAAGGAGAGAAUAAUUGAGCGCUUGAAAGAACAGCGGGAGAGAGAUGAUCGAGAAAGACUAGAAGAGAUAGAAUCCUUCCGGAAAGAGAACAAGGACCUGAAGGAGAAGGUCAAUGCUUUACAGGCUGAGCUGACUGAGAAGGAGUCUAGUUUAAUUGACCUCAAAGAACAUGCGUCUUCAUUAGCCUCUGCUGGGCUGAAAAGAGACUCCAAAUUAAAAUCUUUAGAAAUAGCCAUUGAGCAAAAGAAAGAAGAAUGCAGCAAAUUGGAAGCACAGUUAAAAAAGGCACAUAAUGUUGAAGAUGACUCCAGGAUGAAUCCCGAGUUUGCAGAUCGGCUGAAACAGCUGGAUAAAGAGGCAUCUUACUACCGGGACGAGUGUGGCAAGGCCCAAGCAGAAGUUGAUCGGCUGCUGGAGAUCCUCAAGGAGGUGGAGAAUGAAAAGAAUGAUAAGGACAAGAAGAUUGCAGAGCUUGAGAGGCAUAUGAAGGAUCAGAAUAAGAAGGUGGCCAACCUCAAGCACAACCAACAGUUGGAAAAGAAGAAGAAUGCCCAGUUACUAGAAGAGGCCCGCAGACGAGAGGAUAGCAUGGCUGACAACUCGCAGCAUUUGCAGAUAGAGGAACUGAUGAAUACGCUGGAGAAGACCAGGCAGGAACUGGACGCCACCAAAGCCCGCCUCGCCUCCACCCAGCAGUCCCUGGCUGAGAAAGAAGCCCACUUGGCCAACCUUCGGAUAGAGCGGAGGAAACAGCUGGAAGAGAUCCUGGAGAUGAAACAGGAAGCAUUACUUGCGGCUAUCAGUGAAAAAGAUGCAAACAUUGCCUUGUUGGAGUUGUCUGCCUCCAAAAAGAAAAAGACGCAAGAAGAAGUCAUGGCCCUCAAGCGGGAGAAAGACCGACUGGUGCAUCAGUUAAAGCAGCAGGUAUAUAAACCUAAGAAACAUCCCCCGACCUCGAAUAUACCAUGCACAUGUGAUGCUGGCUACAGCCCAGAUAUUACAGUCAAGUACUUCGGGUCCAACUACGAUGCAUACAUGAGCCCAAGGUCUCAGACCCAGAACAGAAUGAAGCUGAUGGCAGACAACUACAGUGAGGACCACCACCACUACCACCACCACCACCACCACCACCACCAUCGAUCUCCUGGGAGGUCGCAGCAUUCCAAUCACAGGCCCUCUCCGGACCAGCUAUCAGAAGGGCUGAAUGAAAGGAAAAGGCAGCUCUGCAGCAAUAUUCUGAUAAUCUAUUGCAGUGCAGCUCUCAUCACUGUCCAGCACCACCUGGAGCGGCUCACCAGGACCGAAGGGGAGUUUUCACUGUCAGUACUGAAUGUGAUUCUGUUCAGCUUAAUAUUUCCUGCGCCAUCUCAUGUCACUUCUCAUGGAUUGGGAUGUGUUGGAAAGGAAGAAGGCAGAGGAGGAGAAGGACAGGCCCCUCUGCUUUUGGGGGUUGGGAUGUGGGCUUUGGAGAUGUGAUCAUCUCUUUCCGAAUGUCUUUAUUGGGUAGCAUUUUUAUUUGUUUCCUUAACCAUCGUUGGAUAAUUUGAACUCCAUGGAAUUUUAAAGUCUGGCUUCAGUUUCUCUUGGACCACUUGCUUCGUCUCCCGUGAUGCUGCUGGUUCAGUCUCAGUGGUCAUUCCUAACGCAUUAGAUUAUCAAACAGUGGUCCUUCACUGUGAGUGAGUGAUGUUGGAAGUGUCUGGGUACCGCAGUGUGUGGAAUGGUUGACAAAGCAACAAAAACACCAAAAAUUGUGAGCCUUUACCCUCCUCUAUUUCUUUAAUCUGCUGUUCGAAGAGCCACCUUUUGGUGGCAUAACCAGUAGUUUACCUCUGGGCCAGGUUGGAAAUGAAAUCAAUUUUUAACCACUACUACUUGCCAAGAAAUCGCCUUAUGAGAACAUGGUGUGUGUCUCUGACAAUGCAUGGCACAUCUAAAUUGGUCAUUCUUAGUUUUUCCUCCCUGCUGAUGUACUGGAGUGUGGUGAAAGCCCAAGGCACCUGCAUCUACACUGCGCAGGUUCCACGUGUCUCCACAGCUGGACCUGACGCAGCCUCAGGCUCUUACCACUCCAGCACAUGCAGGUUCUCCAUGAAGAAGCUGGGACUCAUUCGCAUUUUGAGAUCCAAAUGCUGUGCAAACAGUGUAAACUUUGAUCUUCUGUAAACAAUGGGUCAUUUCUCGUGUGUGUGUGUGUGUGUGUGUGUUUGUUUUUAAUGUCUCCAACAUGGAUUCCAAAGCAUUUUCAGCAUCCAACAUGAACACGUUGCUGAAUGAGGAACAAUCACACAAGCUGUGUUUCUGUAUAUAGCACUACACAAUAUGUAUGUGGAUACAGAGUCAUUCUUCAAAGCACAUGCCAGGGAAGGGGGCCACAUUUUGAGGUCUUUUACAUACAUUGACAUGGUACUAAGGAGAAUUAAACUCCUAAUGCUUCCACUGAAGAUUACUAAAAACAUUAAUGUUGUAAUGACUUCAUACUAUUCAUGACCAAACCUGGCAAACAGGUACAACUCUUAUAUUGAUCCAUUUUCUUGUUGAUGGAAGCAACCCUUCCAAGUGUAUGCAAGUGGGAAAUGAAACCCUGCUUUCUCUCUUUCUUUCUUUCUUUUUUAAAGGAAAAAUAGUGAAUUUAAGCAUGAGUGGCCUUAAUCAAUAGAGUUGUCUUUCUUUGCUGCUGUGGAAAGGAUUCUAAUCAGGUGUCCCUGAAGUCUUGCAUUGAAUUUAGUCGUUCCUAUUACUUUUUAAAAUGCUGGUGCAAUUAACUCUGAGCCUCUCUUGUGAGCCAUAGAGAUAUUUCAAAAGACAAACACCUUAUUUGUUGGAGAAGAGGAAACCAACUCUGACUUGCGCUCUCCGCUUGUUGGUGCAUUCGGAGUAACAAAUUCACGCAGGUUUCUUGCUUCUGGCUUUGUUCUCGUCCGUAAGUAAAGCAAAUACGUAAAGCUUAUGUGUCGCACAAACAGUCCAGUUACGUUCAUGUUUAAAACAUUUGUCCUUUAACUAUCAAAGAGAUCCAGGUCUUGGUUGAAGAAGUGAGCAGAGUUCUUUGCAAGCCCCUAGUGUGACACAAUGUCACACUGGAAACCCAGGCCACAGACCAGUCCCCCUGGACAGUUUGGGUGUCUUCAAAGGGGUGGUCCUCACUGCCUCCCAGAACCAGGUCCUGACCUGAACUCUGCAGCUGAAUACUUGAAAUAGAAACCCAACAGGGAAAAAUAGAAUCCUCCAAAUGAAUACAAAACAACCAACCAUGUAUUGUUCUAUAUUUCUACGUAUGUGCCAAUUUUGUCACAGCUAUUAUUUGGGGUAUCAUCUUUGGCUCCUCUCUGAUUGAUUAAAAGUAUUAUUGAUCAUACUUUUAAGGGGGUGGGUCUAUCCCUUAGUCCCAGAAAAAUUGAAAUUCUGUUCAAAGUAACAUCAUUCUUCACUUCAUAUACUCUGAUGUUUCGGGGUUACUCUCUCCAAAAAUCCCUUUUCACACCCUAUUAAAAGAAUCUCUGGGUUUACAGCAAACACUGUGAUGCUGGGGAAGAUAUCUCCUUCAUGCAAACUUCGGCAGGCUCCCUUCUAAUUGUAAGUAGUUGGAGAAGAAGUUGGGGCUAACCUUUAGAAGUUGAUCUUACUUUGUGCAAAAGCAGACUUGUACUUUAUACCCCAUUUGAUUUCCAUGUACAGUCUCAAUUUUGUAUUUAAUGAUUUUUUUGUGUAUAUCCAGUAUGCACGUGAACAGCGUGUCAACUUUCAUUUGAGAAGAGGGUCUUCAAUUUACUCUCUCAACAGUUUAUGACGAGGCCGCAAACGUAUUGACAUAAGCUCUAUCUGCGAUGUUUUUGUGUAGAGUGGUCUUUGAAUGCUGCCAGGGGUCGGUGUAUCUAAUUUUCCCUGAGACCCUUGUUUGGUAGUGCUUCUUGUAAUAUUUCUCCAAGUGAGUGGCAUGUGGGUUGUGAUAUUGACCAUGUGACUAUGGGCAUCGAUAUGACAAAAAUAAAUACAACUAAGGAAUCCUCAAAACUUCCAGUGGGCAUGUAUCAGCCAGUCAUUGUAACCUCGUGUCUAGUAGAAAUACAACGUGCGCGAUGUGUACAGUUCAUGACCUUGUUCCCAUGUGUAUGAGAAGUACUUUGUGCUGAUCGCCUUAUUUAUAUUCAUCAAAUAAACCUUGUUUCUUUCUGA